AUGUCUGUGACCAUCCACCUGGACCGACCGCAUGCACAUUUUACCAACCUCGACUUCAUUUCUGGAAAGGUGAUCCUCAAUCUACCUUCGGAAACCUCAGUAGCGGGUAUUCAAGUCAAAUUAGAGGCAGAGAGUCGCACACGCCUCUCUGGGCCUCGAUACCCACAUAAUGAGCACUCUGAUAAAAAGCGCACCGAGCUUGAGGUCCACAAGCUCCUGUACAAAGUGAUGGAUUUGUUUCCUGACCCAACUCUGGUCAGCAAUCAAUCAAACCCUACUACUUCAUGGACAUUUCCUCCCGGGAUAUCUGAGUACCCCUUCCAAUUCAAGUUUCCGUUCAAUAAUACAUGCAAUCUACACAAUAGCAUCUCCACGAACCUCAGUAUUACCGGUCUCAAAGUCGAAAUGGCCAAGCAGGCCAAUAGGCAUGUCAAGAAGACUCUUCCCCCGUCUCUAUCUGGCUUUCCUAGAAUGGCCGAGAUCAAGUACUAUGUCAAGGCUACCGUUGUUCGCCCACAGUUCUAUAAAGAAAAUCUAAGAGCAAUUACCAACCUAACAUUUCUUCCAAUCGAGCCGCCGAGGACCGGUAACCCAAAGGAAGAGACGUACGCAAGACGCCAACAUCAGUUCCAUAGCGGGCCAACCCCAUCACCCAAAAGCCUGUUUCACAAAGUUUCUGCCCCUUCGUUGAAGGAUUCUGCUAGUAGCUCUCUUCGUGUUUCCGCCGACCUCCGAUUACCAAACCCGUCUAUUCUCACCUGCAAUGAACCCGUGCCUAUGCGUGUGCUUGUUAGAAAGCUGUCUGAAUCGUACGAGACGCUUUUUCUGCAGAUGCUGCAGGUUGAGUUGAUUUGCUACACCCGGAUUCAGGCCCAUGAUUUGCAACGGACAGAGAGCACCACCUGGCUUAUUUUCAGCCGUAGCAACAUGGGGGUACCUCUUGGCAGAGGAGGUGAUCCUGCAGGUACCGAGUGGAUGCUUGAUGAUAACAUGUGGAAUCAUUUGCCUAUACCUCCAUCGGUUUCGCCCUCUUUCCAGACUUGCAAUAUUUCGAGGAACUAUGAGCUUGAAGUGCGGGUCGGUUUGGCUCACGGUACGGUGGGAAAUAUGAAACCUCAGCUCAUCAUUAUUCCCUUGAGGGUGCCUGUACGGGUCUACUCGGGAAUUACUCCUCCAGUCGCACUACUGGAGGCCAUGGCUGCUAAACCGCAAAUCAAGCCGAAGGCCCCGGUUCAUACCCCCAGUUGGCCGCGUGAGGGCGAGGACGAUACUGAUCGCCCCCCAAUGCCCCCAAGACCACAGGCCCCUCCUACCAUGAAUCCUGAUGAAGCCUUUGACGAUGCUCCUCCAAGUUAUGAGGACGCGAUGGCUGAAUCCCUCAGUCCAGUGGAUGGCCCUCGUCGCGAGUAUUACCCACCAGAAGCCUCGUCCACUAGGUCUUCCAAUGAAUCAGGAGCUGAUCCGAGGACUUCAGCCGGGAAUAACCCCAAGUCGACUUCCAUGCUUUACAGCAAUCAGUCGGCCAAUUCGUCGUCGGAAUCUUUCGAUAUGCUCCCAUCGACUCCGCCAGAAUCCCGGUCCGGAUCACCCGUCGGGUCCCUUGUCGCCCGCCAACAAAGUGUACUCAAAAUCCACAAACACCCAUUUCCGCAGGAAGAGAGUCCCCCGCAAUAUCAACUUGUCGCUGAAGAUCAAUCUUCAUCCCAUGCGCAGGAGACACGAAGACCAUCCCGGCCUAUGAAUCUUGGAGUACCGAACCGAAAGCCAGUGCCUAGUCCAAGCCGGGCCAACGGUCACUCAGAGCCGAGAACCGGGUAUCAAUGA